AUGGUCAACGACACCGCAGGAAACGCCAGGAACAUCACCACCCACUAUGGCUGCUUGACGCUACCCAACGUGCAAGCUCACGCAGUCGCCUACUUGAGGCUCCAGCAGAGAGAACACCAGGCAUCAGUCUGCCUCCGAAAGCUCAUCAUUGCCUCGAUCACGCCGAAGCUGGCAGACAGGCUGUCCACUCAUGCGGAUGAUUACACGGUCGACACAGCGGCAGUCGCAGUGCCCCCAAACGCACCAAUCAUGAUUGAAGAUGGAACCACGAUGCUGUACUCCCUGAUCAAGCUGGUUUCAGUCGAGACCAGAGCCACCGUGGCAAUCAUCACAAAGAAACUCAGCAGCCUCGAUCAGGUCAUGGAGAGUGUCAAGUCCAACGUUGAGGACUUCAACGUCGCAGUCGAAGACCUCAUCUCCCAACUCAAUGCUAGGAGCAUUGAGAUUCCACCGAUGCUCGAGAACCUCUUCGAAGGAUAUGCUUGCUGCGACGACCUCAAGUUCGUCGAGUAUAUCGCCCGGAAGCAGGAAGCCUAUGAAGAUAGCACCAUCAACCUGGAAUACGGGGAACUCAUGAAGAUGGCGCUCGAAAAGUACAAGAUCCUCGUCGACAAGAAGAUGUGGCUCAAAAAGACUGAGCAAGAGAUCGAGAUCCUAGCUCUCAAGGCUGAAGUCGUGCAGCUGAUGAAGAAGGGGUCGUCGAAGCCAACCCCUGCUGCCUCUGGCGGACAGCAGAAGAAGUCAACAGGCGCCUCAAAGGGCGAUGACAAGUUUGCGUGGAAACAAGUUCCACCGGCGGAUGGAGAUCCACAUGAUAAGAAGGUCAAUGGCAAGGAGUACAUCUACUGCCCUCACCACGAUACCACCAAAUGGGUGCUCAAGGUGAACAACAAGGGCAUCGAACACCGUACCGGUUGCUCCAAGCUCAAGGAUAGUACCGGAGGAUCCGCACCAAACGGACAGAUGGCUGCCGCUCUCGCCAACGUGAUGGAAGACGCUGGCACGGACACGCACCAGCAGGUGCCCAAUGAAGAGAACCCCUGA